AUGAAGUCAUACUGGACAGAGCACAGCUCCAGCGCAGAUAUUGAGGCUAUGAUGCUUGAUUCAAACGCCAAAAUUCUCCAUGAACAGGAGAUGCCCGAGAUUAUGGAGCACGCUCCUUCUAUAAAAGGCAAAGACGUGCUCGAGCUUGCUGCUGGUAUUGGCCGCUUUACCUCCAUUCUUGGCAAGACUGCCAAGAGUGUCACAGCUGUGGAGUUCAUUGAAGAUUUUCAUAAAGCCAACAUUGCCACCAAUGGCCAAAUGGAGAACAUCAAGUUUCUAUGUCGGGACGUUGUCACACUAGAGAACGAACGCCACUCGUUUGAUGUUAUCUUUUCCAAUUGGAUAUUUAUGUAUCUAGGAGAUGAAGAAGUCAAGGCAUUUGCCAAGAAAGCCAUCAAGUGGCUUCGUCCCGGUGGCAAACUCUUCUUCCGUGAAUCUUGUUUCCGACAAUCUGGAGAUGCAAAACGCAAUUCAAACCCGACGCAUUAUCGUCACCCUGCAUUCUAUAUCGGAGCUUUUGGAUCCGUGGUAUCUAAGGAGGAAAACGGAGACUUGGGAUAUUUCAAUCUUGAGUCUUCUGGUAGUGUCUCUGUCUACCGCAAAAUCAAAAAGAACAAUGGACAGAUCUAUUUCAACUACACAAAGGCCAUCAAGGAACAAGCUGCAACUGGCAGUGAUGACGGCGUUGAGACGUUUCAGAAGUUUUUGGACGAACAACAGUAUUCCAACCAGAGUAUCACGCGCUAUGAAAAGAUCUUUGGACAAGGUUAUGUGAGCACUGGUGGCCAAGCCACCACGACUGAGUUCGUGGAGAAGCUCAACCUCAAAGCUGGCGAGCGAGUGCUGGACGUGGGCUGUGGUAUCGGAGGAGGGGACUUCUACAUGGCCCGUCAGUUUGGUGUCUCCGUUGUCGGCAUUGAUCUCUCCACAAACAUGGUGCACCGGGCUCUUGAAACGUCCAUGCAGAAUCCAAGUGUCGACGUAGAGUUUGAGAUUUGCGAUGCCACGAAGAAAGAGUAUCCCGAUGCAUCCUUCGACGUCAUUUACUCUCGUGAUACGAUCCUGCACAUUGAGGACAAGCAGGCUCUGUUUGCCAAGUUCUUUCGUUGGCUCAAGCCUGGUGGCCGUGUGCUCAUCUCGGACUAUUGCCAGGGUGAACAAGAACCAACGGACCGAUUCAAAGCGUAUGUGGCGAGCCGGGGAUACCAUCUGUUGUCUCCAUCCCAGUACGGUAAAGUGCUUGAGUCGGUCGGUUUUACGUCUGUGCUAGCUGAGGAUCGUACCGAACAGUUCGUUGAGGUAUUGAAAGAAGAAUUGAGUCGUACACUGGCACGCAAGGAGGAAUUUGUUGCAGAGACGAGCGAGUCUGACUUCAAGUAUAUUGUCGAUGGUUGGAAGGCAAAGAUCGUACGUUGUGGUGAGGGUGACCAGAAGUGGGGACUGUUCUUUGGGAAGAAGAAGUGA